AUGGCAGACUGCUACACAGAGCUGGAGAAGGCGAUCAUGGUUCUAGUAGAAAACUUCAAUAAAUACAUGACCAGUUUUGGCCUGGGCAAAAACAAGAUCAGCAAGAGCAGUUUUCGCAAGAUGCUCCAGAAGGAGCUCAACCAUAUGCUGACGGACACAGGGAACCGAAAGGCUGCCGACAAGCUUAUUCAGAACCUAGACGCCAACCAUGAUGGGCGCAUCAGCUUUGACGAGUACUGGACCUUGAUAGGCGGCAUCACCAGCCCCAUCGCUAACCUCAUCCGUCAGCAGGAGCAGCAGAGCAGCAGCUAG